CCCACAAAAUCAUGCAAGUCGAGAGGUUCAAAUCUUCGUGUUCACUUUAAGAACACUCGUGAAACAACCCAGGCCAUUAAGGGUAUAUGCAUAUCCGAAAAGCCACCAAGUAUCUGAAGGAUGUCACUUUAAAGAAGCAGUGUGUGCCAUUCCGUCAUUACAAUGGUGGAGUUGGUAGGUGUGCCCAGGCCAAACAGUGGGGCUGGACGCAGGGUCGGUGGCCCAAAAAGAGUGCUGAAUUUUUACUGCACAUGCUCAAAAAUGCAGAGAGUAAUGCUGAACUUAAGGGCUUAGAUGUAGAUUCUCUGGUCAUUGAGCAUAUCCAGGUGAACAAAGCCCCCAAGAUGCGGCAUAGGACUUACAGAGCUCACGGUCAGAUCAACCCAUACAUGAGCUCUCUGUGCCACAUUGAGAUGAUCCUUACUGAAAAAGAACAGAUUGUUCCUAAACCAGAAGAGGAAGUUGCCCAGAAGAAAAAGAUAUCCCAGAAGAAAUUGAAGAAACAGAAACUUAUGGCCCGGGAAUAAA